CGUUUAAUCGUGCGACUCAUUUCGGGACGUUAUCAGCUGGAGUCAGGUUUCGUAAUAUAAUAUGAUAUUGUUCUAUGAUAAUAAUAUAUGAAAUAUGAAUUAUGUAGUUGUAUUCCAAAUUCCCAUACCAAUACCGUAUAUUUUGUCCAGUAUCGGAGUCGGAAAUUCGGCAUACCCAAUGCCCCGUGAUUUUAAAUUUUUCAUCAUGACUAUAAUAAUAAUAUGAGUUUUAGUAGUUUUAAAAUAUGUUUUAAUAGUUUUAAUUUUCAUUAUGUUAAUACAAAAUAUAAUGGCCAACUCCAUCUACAAUUUGUUCGAAUUGAAAAAAUAUUUUAAGUAUUUUUUUAUAAUUAUAUUAGGGUUGAUGUAUUAUUUUGGUGUUUUCACUCAUUUUUUUGAGUUGGACUAUUAUUCUCAAUUUGUUUAUCCACUGGAAAUUAACAUUUCUAAGUGUGUAGUUAACGCACAGUCUGGUGAAACUGAUCAACUACCUUGUAUUAAUAUUAAUCCAUUAGAAUAUGAUCUACUGUUAUCAAAUAAUACUAAAUGUAAUAGAAAUAUUCAUUUACUAGUAUUGGUGAAAUCAGCAUUAAAUAAUUUUGAUAGACGAAGGACUAUUCGAAAAACUUGGGGAUUUGAGAAUCGAUUUUCUGAUGUACCAACUAGAACAGUUUUUAUAUUGGGAAAAUCGUUUGAUACAGAUUUAGAAAAACGGAUUAAAGAAGAACACGAACAGAAUGGAGACAUUGUACAGUAUGAUUUUGUUGACGAGUACUACAAUAACACCAUCAAAACUAUGAAUGCAAUUAAAUGGGCGUCAACACAUUGUAAUAGUUCAAGAUUCUAUUUUUUCUCAGACGAUGACAUGUAUGUUUCUAUGAAAAACGUGUUACGUUAUUUGCGAAACCCUAUUGAAUAUCCAGAAUAUUUAAGUAAAGAAGUUAAAGGAAAGCAAUCUAAGCAUAUCUUGCCAUCAGAUAUAGUAUUAUUUACUGGGUACGUUUUUAAUUCUUCACCACUGAGACAUCAAAUAAGUAAAUGGUAUGUGUCCCUUUCGGAAUAUCCAUAUCAUAUGUGGCCACCAUACGUUACAGCUGGCGCUUAUAUGUUAUCCAAAGCAGCUUUAGUCAAAUUUUAUUAUGGAAGUUCUUAUACAAAGCGGUUUAGAUUUGAUGACAUAUAUUUAGGAUUAUUAUCAAAGAAAUUAAAUAUAAAACCUCUUCAUUGUGAACACAUAUAUUUUUAUAAGAAAGAUUAUUCUAUGAGUAGUUAUAAAUAUGUUAUAGCUAGUCAUGGAUAUGAUGAUAGUGAAGAGCUACUUAAUGUUUGGUUGGAACAAAAAAGUAAUGGAAACGCAUAAGACUAAUUAAAAUUAAUAAAUUAUUUUUGAUGUUACCAACUUUAGACAAUAAAACAAAAUAUAUAUUUUUUAAAUUUACUUUUAUUGUUGAAAAAAAAUGUAUCGUAGAACAUAAUUAUUAUAUAAAUUUAUAUAGCUAUAAAAAAAAUUGUAAUAUAUUUUCAGUUGGAAUCAAUUACCUGAUGUAAAUAACCUGAUGACUUACAUUUUAUUAUUAAAUGUUGUUUAAUUGGAAUCUUAUUUUUGUUUUAAAUUGUUAAGUCCCAAUUAAUCCUAACACAUAUUAGUCAAUAGCAAACUUGUAAAUAAUUCUUAUUUUUACAGAUACAAAAGUCAUUCUAUUUGUUGUUAUUUACCAGAAAGUAUAAUAAAUUAUAACAUAAUAUAACAUAAUACAUGUAUAAUUAUAUAAUAUAUACAUAGUAUUAUAAUUGAUCUAAGCAUAACUGCAUAAGACAUACAGAUAAUUAUAAUUUAUAUCACUAAAAAUGAACAGUACCUCUACUUCUUGGCUAGGCCACAAAGAUU